AUUAUUUCUUUAUUACUGUUGGCUUGCUUUGAAAUUUAGUGAAUCCUAACGCUCUGGUCCCAUCACUGCCUCCUCUAUCAUCAUCUUGCUUACAACCACUCACUCACUACUCUCUCUCUCUCUCUCUCUCUCUACUUGACAUCCAUGGCGUCUUCCCAGAUCCUCUUCUCUCCGCUGUGCGUUGCUCUCCUCUUCUUCUCUUUUCCUCUCAUCGUCUCUUCCAUUGGCAUCAACUACGGCCAGGUGGCCAACAACCUUCCUCCCCCAAAGAACGUCAUCCCUCUCCUCAAGUCAGUCGGCGCCACCAAAGUCAAGCUCUAUGACGCCGAUCCACAAGCCCUCCGUGCCUUCUCCGGCUCCGGCUUCGAACUCACAGUCGCCCUCGGCAACGAGUACCUGGCCCAGGUGAAAGACUCGGACAAAGCCCGGGAUUGGGUGAAGCAGAACGUCCAGGCAUACCUCCCGGGCACCAAGAUCGUGGCCAUCGUGGUCGGCAACGAAGUCCUCACCUCCAACCAGUCGGCGCUCACGGCCGCCCUCUUCCCGGCGAUGCAGAGCAUCCACGCCGCUCUUGUGGACUGCGGCCUCAACAAGCAGAUCUUCGUGACGACGGCGCACUCGCUGGCCAUCCUGGACGUCUCCUACCCUCCCUCCGCCACCUCCUUCCGCCGUGACCUCCUGGGAUCCCUCACGCCGAUCUUGGACUUCCACGUCAAGACUGGCUCACCUAUCCUCAUCAACGCCUACCCUUUCUUCGCCUACGAGGAGAACCCCAAACACGUCUCUCUCGACUUCGUCCUCUUCCAACCAAACCAGGGCUUCACCGAUCCUGGAUCCAAUUUCCACUACGACAACAUGCUCUUCGCCCAGGUCGACGCCGUCUACCACGCACUUGACGCCGUCGGCAUCAGCUACAAGAAAGUCCCCAUCGUCGUCUCCGAGACCGGAUGGCCCUCCAACGGCGACCCGCAGGAGGUUGGUGCCACCUGCGACAAUGCCCGCAAGUACAACGGGAAUCUGAUCAAGAUGAUGAUGAGCAAGAAGAUGAGGACGCCCAUUCGCCCCGACUGCGAUCUCACCAUCUUCGUCUUCGCUCUCUUCAACGAGAACUUGAAGCCUGGGCCCACCUCCGAGAGGAACUACGGUCUUUUCAACCCGGACGGAACUCCGGUUUACUCCCUCGGGAUCAAGACCUCCUCCUCCUCCUCCGGUGGUUCUUCUAGUGGCAGCAAAAACUCCACUGGUGGAGGUGGGAGCAGUGGCGGUAGCACUGGUGGCUCAUCCGGCGGUGGUGGCGGCAUCUACACGCCAGGGAUCACGGAGAACCCUUCACCGGAUUACAUGUCUAUUUCCUCCGCCGGGGUAAAAGGCAGAUUCGUUGAGUGUGUGUUCUUCUUCUUCUUGCUUUGCAUCAUCAAGCUUCGGUUGUAAAAGUCCCCCACUAGAUCUCGGCUUUGUACCUUUUAUUGGGUGAUGACGUGAAAUAGCCCCAAAAUUUAAUUUAAUGAGUUUGUGUUGGGUGUUUGGUCGGCGGCGUCUUUCUAAAAUGUGGAUCGUCGAUUUAGGAAACUCACCAUCUUUGUUGUGCCUACGGCCUACCUCUCCUCUCUCCAACUCUUUUUUUUUUUUAUAAUUAUUAUUCCUUUUCAUCCUUCUUUUCUCUUUUGGUCUCUAAGCCUUGUUGAAGCAUAUAGAUAUCAAAAUAAUGAAAGCUUAGUUGAUUAGAUUUUUCUAAA